CAUGCAGUGGAUCUUUUGCAUACUCAUGUCACUGAAGUGCUAAGUCACGGGCAUGGAGGGUUUCAUGCCUAUGUGGACAUUAAUGAAUAUCCUCAUGAUCCCAACCUGACAAUCAACAUCAUACUUAAAGAGCAACUACGUCAAGCGAAGGCAAAUAACAACUUCCUGCCUCCAAAUUUGUUUAUCGAAGCAGACAACUGUUGGAGGGAAAAUAAGAACCGUUAUGUAUUUGCAUUUCUGGAAUUGUUAGUGGCAGAACAGGUUUUCCAUGAGGUUCAUAUGUCCUUCCUUAUUGUUGGCCACACGCAUGAAGACAUUGAUGCAAAAUUGAGUGAGGUUUCCAGGCUGUUAAAUACUAAAGAUGCUGAAUAUUUUGAUGACUUUUUAAACGUUUUGAAAAAUGCAGAGCGUAUCACACAAUUAUUUGAUGUAAAGUCAUGGAUUGAGGAUGAUUUGAACAAAGUUGACCACAUCACCCAACCAUUGUACUUUAAAUUUGUUUCUGUGGACGUUGGUGUAAAAGUAUUUUAUAAAGGAAUACAAUCUCAGCCUUGGUCAGCCCUUAAUGGGAACUUCUUGAAUAAUGCUCCAAGUGGAAAGCCAGAAAUAUUGAAGCCAAAUUUUAGUAAAAUUGAAAUAGAUAAAAAUGUUAAACAAAUUAAAGCUCUGAAACUAAUUUUCAAAAAGCAGGACAGUACACAAAAGUGACUAGAAUUUUACGAAUCGCUCAAUCCCAACAUGGACAGUUUAGAUUCUGGAGUAUUUCCUUUAUUACUGCUUCCAAGAAAACCUAUAAGGCAGUCCUUUCCACCAGGACAAGGAAUGGUUACUGAAGUUCGUGAACUGAUUGAAAAGGAAAACCGACAGCCAUUGGUGACCUUUUUCUACAAUAAGGUCAUAUAGUGUUAGCUAACCUGAGCUCACCGUGCU